GGCGCUCGCUAAUGAAAGCGGGCGCACAUUGUGCGGGUGGACAGAUGGCUCCUGUCUUGAUUAAGUUCUCAUUUUGCCGCUCGCAGAAGCUGGCGGGCUUCAUCCCCGAGGAGACCAGCUCGUGUGUGAAAGGGCGCCUUGCCGCUUGACUUUUCGGAUUAUUUUCCCUCCUUCUUUUGUCUAGAUGCAGCCAGAGCCAGGCGCCGCACGCGCGGGCGCGCGCACGUCUACCUUUUGGCCGGAAAGGAAGGGGCCAUGCGACGGGAUCGCUUUCACUGAAGCAAGCCGGAGAAGUAGCGCGCCAGACGUUUUGUUCCCGAGGAGCUGGGGGGAAAGCGAGAUGAGCUCGACAUUUGUUUUGGCAAGGCCACUCCGUUGGGGUCUUCUCCUCUUUUGUGUGGCGAGCUUGUGCGGCCGGCGAGGGUCUGCCGCUGUUGCGCCUGCUGCUCCUGCUGCUGGCAACCAAAGCUCUCGAGGCGAGGCGGGCUCAUGGAAGGAGACGACCGGGACUUGCCAAGUGGUGGCGGCUCAUCGUUGCUGCAACAAGAACAAGAUUGAAGAACGCUCCCAGACGGUCAAGUGUUCCUGUUUCCAAGGACAUGUUGCCGGAACAACAAGAGCACAGCCCUCUUGUGUUGAAGCCUUCAUCGUGCGUCAGAAACGGUGGUGUCGGAUGAAGCCGUGCGCCCAAGGGGAAGAGUGCCGAGUACUUUCUGACCUGAGCGGCUGGUCUUGCAUCUCUGGGAACAAGGUGAAAACCACCAAGGUGGCACGGUAGCCGCCUCGUCCAAUCGCAGCAAAGCUAUCCGACCGGAGUAACUCUGGACCCCGAGGCCACAAAGAACACACUGGGUGGAUGAAACGCCAGCCAGUCAAAUGGAGUCAGUCAAAUUCAGCGGUGCGGACAGUGGGUGGGUGAGUCAAAUCGGCCACAACAAUGUAACAACCCACUUGAUUUUGGAGUCGGCCUAAAGCGGCUGCAGUUGCUCCAGCUGCUCGCUCGCCCGUCACGCUGAUUCUGGGCUGCCACUACAUUUUACACUUCACUAUUUGUGUUUGUUUUCCCGUCUUCAAGUGGGCCGGCCAGCCCCAGCUUACUUACCACUGUCUUUGACCUAGUUUAAGUAUGACAUCUAUGCAGUUUGUUGACUGAGUGCCCGCUAUAGCCAUAUGCAAUUCAAAAAGGUGCAGAACAUUGUAACCUGUAUCGGCCGGCUCACUUUGUGAUUGCCCUGUCAUAUCAGCAAAAAAUAAAUAAAUAAAAAAUCGUUUGAGCAACGAGGCAAGGCCCCACAAGGGCAUAAUGUAAAAAAACAAACAAAAAACCCCACAACUUUUGGGUGUGUGGAGUUUGUAAUUGACAUUCAAAUAUUUUGCUAGAAACUGAUAAAGGGUGUUUCCUUGA